GGACGACCUUUGACUUUUAGCCUCCUCACCUAUUUUCUCAACGGAAGUAAAUGAUUUCCAUUCAUAACGAAACAUGUUGCUCAUUGGAGUGAAAAGCUUUGAUGUAUUUACAGCUCGACAGAAUAAGAAUGGAUAAAAUUUACUUAACUUUCUCGUAAUGAUAAGACUUGGUCUUGGGGAAUGUGGACCAUGGGUAAAAAGAAUGGACUGAGAAGACACCAUUUUGCUGGAAUUGUGUUAGGAUUAUGCUUUGGAAUAAUUUUGUCAUCUUGGUGUAGACAUAAGAUAUUACCUUGUGCACCAUUGGCAGGUAAAUGUUGUCGUACAAUCCAUGUAAACUAUCAUGUCAACAUUGCUGUUGAUCAUCUUGAAUUUCACAAUAAUCAUGCUUUACCAGAAGUUGUAGUAAAGAAACCAAAAGAAGGCUUAGAUUUGAAUAGUUAUAUCAACAAAAAUGACAAAAAUUUCCUUCUUAUUGGUGUGAUUACAGCAAAAAAAUAUCUUGAUACCCGAGCUGUUGCAGCUUUUAAUACUUGGACCAAUUCUUGUAGUGGAACCUGCAAAGUCAUCUUCUUCUCCAGUGAAGGAUCAACAACCGAAAAAGAAAUUCCACUGGUUAGUUUAGACGGUACUGAUGAUUCUUAUCCACCUCAGAGAAAGUCUCUUUUGAUGUUAAAAUACAUGCAUGAUAACUAUAUCAACAAUUUUGAGUGGUUUAUGCGUGCUGAUGAUGAUGUUUUUGUUAAAGGGGACAAAAUUGAAAAGUUUCUACGCUCUGUAAACAGCUCUGUUCCCCAUUUCAUUGGCCAAGCUGGUUUAGGAAAAAAGGAAGAAAUAGGAAAACUUUUUUUGAACAGACAUGAAAACUUUUGCAUGGGAGGGCCUGGAAUUCUGUUCAGCCACACUACCUUGAGGCAUGUUGGCCCACAUGUACACAGUUGUAUUGAAAACUUGCUGACAACUCAUGAAGAUGUUGAAGUUGGUAGAUGUGUACGCAGAUAUACUGGUUCAUCCUGUACCUGGGCAUUUGAGAUGCAGAGUUUAUUUUAUCAGAAUUAUAAAGAGGAGAAAGGAUCAUUUAAAACAACGCUUAAAGACAAAUCAGUGAGGAAAGCAUUAACUCUGCACUCUAUAAAGGAUCCACAACAGCAGUACAGAAUACAGAAUUAUCUUCAUUCUUCACAUAUACAAGAUCUGCACCAGAAAGAGCUUUAUUUACAAAGAGAGAUAACUCAAAUUGAACAAAAUUUAGGCAUUUUGAAACCAACUGAUAGUAUUACAAGACAAGGGAUGAUGCCUUCAUUGACUAAAUAUAAACCUAAAGAUAGAGAUGAGGUGUUGACAUGGGACUUCCUGUCUAAAUCUAUUAUGUCUCAUCGGAAUCUAAAUCCUAAACGUGGUAUAAAUAAACCAUUAAAACAUGCUUUAGAAGACAAUAUCAACCAAGUUUUACAAAUAAUGAACAAAAAUGCAAGACAGAAAGGGAGAACAAUAGACUAUAAAGAUUUAUGGUAUGGAUACCGAAGAGUUAGUCCCCUUUAUGGCGCCGACUAUAUUUUAGAUCUAUUACUUACGUACAGGAAGCAUAAGGGAAGAAAAAUGACAGUCCCAGUAAGAAGACAUGCAUAUCUUCAUCAGACAUUUGGAGAGGUAGAAUUCAUUGAGGAUCCUACAACAGCUUCCUUAAACAUUGAGCACAAAGCAUCAAAUUCACCAUUUACAUUUACCAGUUUAGGUAAAGGUGGAAAAUCAUCAGAAAUCAUUCAUUUCAUUUUGCCACUGGCUGGCAAAGUUCCUGUAUUUAAAAGAUUUAUGCAAAACUAUGAGGAGGUAUGUCUCAAAACCAAAGAAGCCACACAGCUUCACAUUGUUGUGUUCAAUAGUGAGUCAGAUUCAUCAUCAAUUAAAUCACUGAUCAGUAUUGUUGGUCAAUACCAAAAAAGGUACGGUGGUGCCGACAUUGAAGUCAUCUAUGCUGAUGGUCCAUUUGCCAGGGCGAGGGCUUUGGAUCUUGGAAUGUCUCAGUUAAAUGAGGACUCUUUACUUUUCUUCAUAGAUGUAGACAUUUUAUUUAAUAAACACGCGUUGUUAAGAAUACGUUAUAAUACAAUUAAAGAUAUACAAGUGUAUUAUCCUAUCGUCUUUAGUCAAUAUGAUCCAUCUUUAAUUUGUUCAAAUUCAAACUCAUGUGAGGUAAAGUGGACCAAUUUCACAUCAGAUCUUGGAUAUUGGAGAAGCUUUGGUUAUGGCAUUGUUAGUACCUACAAACGAGAUCUUAUAUCUGUCGGUGGGUUAGACACGUCCAUUAAAGGAUGGGGAAAAGAAGACGUUGACCUUUAUACAAAGUUUGUUGAAAGUAAUUUAACGUUAUAUCGUAGCAUAGAUCCCCGGUUAGUCCAUGCAUUCCAUCAAGUCAUCUGCGAUGCUAAACUGAAUGAAGCACAGUACCAGAUGUGUAUAGGAUCAAAAGCAUCUAGUUUUGGAUCGCAAUGGCAGCUUUCUAAUAUUGUAUAUAGUUUACCAAACGUUUUAGACAAGAAAGAUGGAAGGAGAUAAUAUUGAGUUGUUUUACUAGAAUUUUAUUGUUAUUUUUUUUAAGGAUUUUUAGCAAUUUUUAUUUCAUUGUCAUUUUUCUCAAAUACAUUCAAUUAAUAUAUUUUGUUAUGUAGAAAAACACAUAUAUAUGUGAAAAUGUGAGAUGAUGCAUACAGGCUUAUGUAUUUUUGAAAAAGUAAUUUUAAAUAAUAUUUUAUAUUUACCAUCCAGCAUUAUCAGUAUUUUAUCCAUCAAAAUGUGUAUAAUGAUGUUGUGUGAUGUCAGUAUUUUUGUAAAUACAUUUGUUAAUGUCAUGGUUGAGAUUUUUAUAUCAUAGCCAAAUGAGGUGUAUAAUGGUUUGUAUACACGAAGCUGCCAAAUUAUUUUUAUUGUAUUUAUUUAAUUGUUGAAAUAUUUUCAAAGUUUGUAGAUGAAAGUAUGGGAAGGCUUUAAGACCAUUUUUGGUGCUGACACUAUUCUUUUUAAAUUAAAAUUUGUGACUUUACAGAUAUACAACAUCAAUGAACAUGUACAAUUUACCCAUCUGCAAUUUUUUUCAUGAUUAACAAAGAUUAAGUAAGCUGUAAACAAAUUUACUGGGGAUUCUAUUAUUUUCCAUGAGAACAGAUUUUAAUGAAUAACAUGUUUAAAGAAAAGCAUAUUUUCAUUGAUACCUGACUUUCUUGUUUUAAAUAUGUCUGCAUACAAGAUUAUGGAACUAUAAAUAAAAGUGGUGGUCAACUUUUCCCUACAAGCCAAAUAUAAUGUUUUGUAACAUCCUCCUUAUGGUACAUCUGCCAUGAGUGAUAAUGUCUGUGUUUAUCAUAGCUUUAACCCACACCAAACAGCUGAGGAUCCAAAACUUUUUGUACAGGUAGGGGGGCUGCUGACUGACCUAAAGGGGUGGGGGCUGCUCCAGUCCUGCUUCAGUAAUAUUUCAAAUUUCACUGUAGGAGUAGACAACUGUAAAGUAUAAGGCAAGGAGACAUUUAUAUUGAGAUGAUUGAUUUGUUUUCCUUACUCAUGAUGGAGUUCAGUAAAACUUUUAUCUAAUAUCAAAACUCUUAUAUGAACAAUAUUAUCAAUUCACCAAGUAUUUGAUUUGCAUUAUACUUUAUUUCUUUCAAUAUAAUUUGUGGUAAUUAUAAAGUUACAUUUUAUUCACACCAUCAGUUUUCAUUUUCCAUGUUGGGACUCAUGGUGCACAUAAAUCUGUUUGUAUAUUGAUAUCCCUGCUAGUGAAGUUGGGAGCAAUUUAAAGUUUUCCCUGGAUUGAGUUCAAUAUUGUAGCAGCUACAUAGCCGCUACGUAGCUUCUAUCAAUAUCUAUGUAAAAACUAGUCUAUAGCUACAUAUUCAAUAGUCAAAAUCUACAUAGCACUUCAUAGCCACUAUGAUAAUCAAUGCAACCCAGUUAAUAUUCCAUUAUACUUUAUGAUGGUUCUGUAAUUUUCAUGAAUCAGGGUACUGGUAGUUAGCUUUAUAUGAUAGUGUGCAUCAUGGGAAAUCAGUCCUGCUAAUUUUUAACAACUGGUAAAUUUUAUUUAGUUUUCUAUUCUUUGACUCAAAAAGACAUACAUGUAGUUAGUAUAAAUUUUACAUAAUUGUUCAUUUUAAAUGUACACUGCUUGGCUUUGUUAAAAUCAUGAGAUGGAUAAAAAAGCCAUUUCAGUAUUCAGAGAAAUAGCAAUAAAUCAGAAAAUGUUCCUGCAUGCUGGCAUCAGUUUGGAAUUUUAGUUUAUUGAUGACAUACCAAUUAAAACAAUAAACAUUUAUUUCAAACCAUAUUCUAAUGAAACUUCGACUGGGUUUAAAACUUAUUACACCAAAAAUUAGUUGUAUACAUAGCAACAUGUCAUGUUAGUGAAAUUUCUUGAAUAAUUUUAUUAGUAAUGUUAUCCAAUAAAAAAUUGAAUAUGAUGCGAGAGAUUUUCACAAUGAUUCAAAGCUAAAAUAUCUUUACAAUAUUGUGUUUGCUUGUUGGAAUAACUGUGUAAAAAAAAGAUGUUUGGGUGUUUGUAAAUACAAUUGUUUUAAUGUGUAUGUGUACGUGUGUUUUAGUCAAUGCUGUGUAUUUGUGUAAUAUAUAGUAGUGUAUUUCAUAAAGUUUUUAAUUUGUAGACCAAUUAUGGUUGUAUAAAUUUGUAAUAUGGCCUUUAUAGAAAGUAUAUUUUUAAUAGCAUUUAAUUUUAGCCACGAUUUUCCUUAUUGUUAUAUGUUCAUGGUAGUGUUACUCUUCUUACCUAUUUAUAAAAUAUGAAUUGUUGAAAUCAUACUGAAUAUUCAUGAAAUAUUUACCAUUGACAUAGGCAAAGAGCAAUCAAUUAAUUAAUCAUUGAAAAUAAUUCAAAGAAUUAAAAUAAAGUAUCUGUAAGCUUAGGAUAACAUUUUUAAUACAUUGACUUUAAUUUAUUAUAUAGUUUUUAACCUUGACAGUAGAUAUUUGUGUGCCUUCGGAAGUUACGUAAAUCAUAUUUAAAAAAAAUACAGUCACAUAGUUUUUAGUCUUUUCUUCCUGAAAUCUUUUAUUUUUUCGUUGUUUUUUCUGUCGAUGUAAUCAAGAGUUGUGUGAUAGCCUUUUAAAUCAAAAGCUUCCAAUUUAAUCAAAUAGAUUUGUAUGUAUUGAUAGCCUGAUAGUGACACCCAAAAUUGGUAUCAGCUUUAUAAAAUGACUUUAUAUGCAUUUACACUGCAUGAAAUUUUGAUAGUAUUUUUACCAUGCAAGAAAUCUUUUGUUAAUUUUUACAUAAAGAUUUUUCUGCAAUCUUCCAGCAUAUAACUAGUGAUCAGAUGUUUCAACUAUUUAAUUUUUCUUUUCAAUUAUAUUUACAAAUUUUAAACACCAUAUGAGGUAUUUUAGUAAUGAGGGAUGAGGGAUUUGUUACAGGUCCUUUUACUUUCAUUUGUAAAUUUGACAUAGGGUAAAACAAUGUGUCUAUUGUAGAAGACUUUGUUUAACUUAAGAUGACUUUUUGAUUCUCUGUGCUGUUACAUCACUGUCUCAUUCACUUUUCACACAUCAUCUUUUUAUGCCACCAAUGCUAAGUGAAAAAGGCAUUAUUUCUUACCCUAGUCUGUCUGUCUGUCUGUCUGUCUGUCAAUUUGUAUGUAUGACCCAAAAAUUGGUUUCUCUUCUCCAACUUUACUUAGCCUCUACCAAAUGUUAUUAAACUUAUACCAAAUGCUAAAUUCCACCAAGCACUGAUCAAAUUCAUACACAGUACCUACCACUACCAAAUUUCUUGAGUUAUAUCCCUUUGUAAAUCGCAGUAUAUUUACAGGAUAUCUUCUUUAACUAGUAUAUAAAAUAUAUCUAACACAACACUUUUAAGUUUUAUGAGAGAGAAAUAAAAAAAUCUGUUUGAUUGUUUAUUCUAAAGCUUGGUUGUUAGAACUAUUUUGUGUAGAUGUUUCUUUAUAAUUACAAUUUUUGAAGCUGUGUACAAUGCUCUAUAUUAUUUUAUAGAUUUUAGAUUUAAAUAACCCACCAAAGUUUUUUUUAGAUGAUAAUUCUUUAGACCCUCUCUGUGAUAGAUGAAUUGCAUGAAUCUUAUUUAAUUGUAUACAUGAACUUACAAGUUUAUAAAUGUCUUUAAUCAUCCUGAGUGUUUUCUACUGUAAAAUUAUGUAAUUCUUCAUUCAUUGAACAUCUUGUAAACAAAUAUAUUUACAUGUAUUUGAUUUCUUUCUUUUUUUUUACCAGAAUAAUCAUUUAAUGGACAUUGCAUUAGGAAUACGACACACAAACUUUUUGUGUUAUGUUGUCCUUUGUUCCUGUCUUCUCACUCUCCAUAAAGUAAAGAUUCUCAUUGCAAUAUUGAAAUCAAAAUACUGCAUUUUUGUUCUCAGAAAGAAUUGCUUAGCAUUUUUUAUGCCCCCCCCCC